CGGCGUGCGCUCACUUUUCGUUCCACAAUCACUACGUUCCACGAUAGUAGUCGCGUCCCCUAUCACAGGAAUCGAUUAAUCAGUGGUGGCAAAACACCUCUAUAGUUGAUCCCAACAUUAUAUGAGGGGCCAAUCAGGGGCGAUCGACUAGAUGGGUCUCAAGACAAUCUUAACGCUCAGAGCGAUUCUGCCAGUGGCGUCAAUUGGCAAAGACGUGUGUUGCGCCAUUCGUUGGACCUUAACUAGUUUUUGUGCUCAGCUCUAUUUUCUUCCAUCAUGAUCAUCCAUGGAAAGAACAAUUGCAUGUUCAUCUCCUGGCUGAGGUGCAUUGUCAAGACAGCCGCACUUCGGUCAUACAGAAGUUUCCUCUCUGUUCUCCUGCGACUGAUCCGACAUUGUCAAUCCAUCGUGAAUGGGAAGGAGGAUGAUUUUCGAGAACGGUCUGGUGGUUUAGCAUUGAGCUCUCAGCCAGGGACCAACCAACCCGACUCCGAGCCGGCGCCUCCUGUGAGCCUCGCAGUGCCAUUGCUUGAGGCACCUCUACAAAGUCUACACAGCCGAGGGUCCCAGCCUCAAGUGGAUAUCCAGAAUCUUCAGAUGACAACUCCCGGGCUUCAUGGAGGGUCGAAUGACGCAGUUUUUAAUACAGACUCUCCCAAAAACUCUUCCGUGCCAUCGACUCGGAGGCCAAGCUUUGCGUCCGAACCCAGCAUCCCCGAAGUGGAUAUCGCCACUCCACAGCGUCUUGUGGCCCCAGGCCAGACUUUUGAUAUCAUUCUCACUCCCAUUACACCCGAACAAGUCAACCGAUACCAUAGGAAUGUACGAGUCAAAGAUGAGUUCAAGGCGUUCUUGGUCGAGAAAGGUCCUUUGGACUGUUCAGAGGAGCUUGCUCCAGUAGCGGGAUGGGAGCCGCUCACGCAACCAGAAGGGGCUUUGAUCUUCUAUCAGUCACAUAAAAGAGUUCUCACUGAUGCCAAUGUUCGAAAUCCUGAAACUACAGUCAAAAUAGACAAAGCUGUUGAGAAAGCGUAUGAAGAAGCGCGCAACGCAAACAUCCCCUUGGAUCCAUCCGUCGAGCUAGGGUUAGAGCUCAUCGUGGAGAAUGACGAAGAAAUGUGGGGCUACUACUUUGUUGACCACGAAAGACGUGUCAUUUUCUGGUUCGAAGACUAUCUCCUUAUGAACAACGUUCGAGGUGUAGAGCGCAAGAGCCACAUCAAGUAUGCACUAGAAUACCACUACUGGGCACAUAUUGAACUAUUCCCAAACAAACGUUCCCUUCCGGAAGACAUUGUCGUGGAACUUAAAGAACUCGUCCUGUUUGCUCAGGCAGACAGUAUCACUUCUCCAACAUCCCUAACACGUUUUACUUCGGACCAGAUCGCAAGUAUUCUCAGCCUCGUCGAUCUCCUUACAAGUAAGUCGAUCCCUGAUGCGGGGUCGUCAUUGAUUGUCUUUUCAGCUAGUGCUAAUAACAAGCGCGAGCAUUCCGUGUGGACCGUCGCUCGAUUCAUGGGAGAUUUCUGCAACACAAAGUUUUUGAAUUUCUGUGGACAACCAGGUGCCCGACUUGACGUAGACCAAUCGUUAUACGGAGAAUCCGAUGCCUCCUCGAAAAACAUGCUUUUUCGUGCCAUGAAUGUUAUUCUGUUUGGAUCCCCUGAUGCUCAGAGCAGAGCUUUUCACAAGAUAUUAGUCGAUCUAGACAUCGUUGAGGCGCGGUGGAAGCAGUACAUGGACAAGCUGAAUAGCGAUUGGAAUGGAUAUACGAUAUUUUCUACUGUGAUGCUCGCUGUUGAUAUCAGCUUUCUCUCAGUCCCAUCUGUCCAGACUCAAACUCCUGCGAUCCUUCUAUCUUACAUGUCUACCCUCUGCGCCAUGGGUUCGUUAGUAGUUACACUAUUGUUGGUCGGACAAGUUAAUAAGAGCCUACGAGACCCCCGUGAAUCGGUUUCUUUCCUACUAGGAAUGUCGCGCUCUGUGCUCGGCUUCGAAAGCUUUCCCCUUAUGCUCAGUCUACCGUUCGGACUUCUGAUCUGGGGAAUAGUAUUCUUUGCUGCAGCAUUGUCUGUUGUGAUUUUCCGCACUUCUGGCAUUGUCAUUAUCUCGAUUGCAUAUCCAGUGUGGGUCGCCAUAGUCAUUCUAGCGAUGUGGCCCGUACUGGCUGCAAAUCGUAUUCACGUUGGGUCCCUCCUGCGGGACUGGUUUCGCAUGUGGUACUGGAACACAAAACAACUCAUUGUUAACCUGUGGUACCAGCUUUACACGUGGUACUGGAUCACAGGACAAUACAUCUUUCACCUGUGGCACAGGAUCAUAGAACAAGUGUCACCUACGGUCACCACCCCCUCUCAUGUCUAAUCUGUGUGGUCUGUGAUUGUAGGGACUUUAUGUAGCUAUAGCAUUUUGAUUGAUUUAUGCCAUACCCCUUUCCUCUCGAACAUCCAUACACAGGAUGU